AUGGUUCUUCCAAAGUCCAAGAAGUCUGUCGGCUUGGGAAGCCAGUUGAUGAGGGAUCGCCUCACGGGAGGCAAAGGAAAUGAUCGAAAGCGAGGAUCGGCGGUUGCGCGAGUUGACCACGCAUCAGGAGAACAGUACCUCACAAACGACAAGAAGCAAGCGGACUGGGUCAAGAUGAGAUCCGUAACGCAACAGGGCGCCCUCGACGAAUUCCUUGCCACUGCCGAGCUCGCUGGGACCGACUUUACCGCCGAGAAGAUUACUAGUGUCAAGAUCAUCCAUACCGACCAGAAGAACCCGUAUCUCUUGACAUCUGCCGAAGAGUCACAGUUGCUAGGCAAGCACAAGCAGCAUAGGGGAAAGCUGACAGUGCCCCGACGUCCACAGUGGGACGCCUCGACGACACCGGAUGAGCUGGCGGCCUUGGAACGGGCUAGUUUCCUCUCAUGGCGCAGAGGGUUGGCAGAACUUGAGGAGAACAACGAUCUUUUGAUGACGCCGUUUGAGAGGAAUCUCGAGGUCUGGAGGCAGCUGUGGCGCGUGAUUGAGAGGUCAGACCUUAUUGUCCAAAUUGUGGAUGCGCGUAGUCCUCUACUGUUCCGAUCAGAUGAUUUGGAGAACUACGUCAAGGAUAUCGACCCGAGGAAGGAGAACCUGCUGCUCAUCAACAAGGCUGAUAUGCUCACCCUUUCCCAACGAAAGGCGUGGGCCGAAUAUCUCAAGGAAGCAGGCAUCAAAUACAAGUUCUUUUCGGCGCACCUAGCUAAGGAAGCCAAUGAGGCGGAGCUCUCGGACGACUACGAUAGCGAGGAGGAAGAAGAGGACGAGGAGGAAGAUGGCCCCUCGGCGUCAGGAAAGGGCAAGCAAACGGAGAGGAUAGUGAUUGAGGGUGAGGAGAGUGAGGAGGAUGAAAGUGGGCAGAGUGGGGAUGAUGAAGCCCGGGAUGGCACAACCACAUCCGACGAAGAAGAGGACGUGAGGAUAUUGACGGUGCAAGAGCUAGAGCAGCUUUUUAUUACGCAGGCCCCCGAUAUCACCGGUUCGGAUGAUCCUGAGAGGAAGCUUCAGAUUGGCCUCGUCGGCUACCCCAACGUCGGCAAGUCGUCGACCAUUAACGCACUUAUCGGAGCGACCAAAGUCUCGGUCUCAUCGACGCCGGGAAAGACGAAGCAUUUCCAGACGAUCCACCUCAGCGAGAAGAUGGUUCUGUGCGAUUGCCCCGGUUUAGUUUUCCCCAACUUUGCGACGACUAAAGCGGAUCUCGUCUGCAACGGCGUGUUGCCCAUCGACCAGAUGAGGGAGUACACGGGACCGUGCGGGCUUGUAUCACAGAGGAUACCGAAGGCAUUCUUGGAGGCGCUGUACGGGAUUGAGAUCAAGAUACGGCCGGCGUACGCAAAGGCGAGGGGCUUCCAGACGCAAGGCUUGGGACAACCUGACGAAUCCCGUGCGGCACGAUUUAUACUGAAGGACUACGUGAACGGUAAACUCCUCUACUGCCACCCACCUCCCGGAGACUACGAUCCCCGAGAGUUCAACCGCGAGCUCUACGACGAAUUCCAUCUCCCAGAGAACAGGAGACUACGAUUGCCCGACGGCAGGCGAGCAGCGUUGGAGGCGGAGCUAAAUGCCACGUCUCUCGAGGAUGACGAUGGCGAGUUCAGCCUCGCAGGUACGGAAUUUGGACUUGGCCCAGAAGGAGGUGCCAAGUCGAGAAACCUCGACCGAGGGUUCUUCGGCGCCGGUGGUGGUAGCGCGGGGCACCUCAGUCGACCAUUCAGCUACAAGUACUCGGAGCAAGGAAGCAAGGAGCUCAGCGGAAGAAAGGCAAAGGCCGCGUACGCUUUAGCGAAUGGGCUCGAUCCCAAGGACUUGAAGGGAGCGAGCGGGAAGAAGCAUUUCAAAGGAGGGCCCAAGAAUGGAAAGAAGCGCCGGGCUGUCAAGGUUGACGAUGACUAA